AAAUUUGUAAAAAAAAUUGUGAUGUUAAUGUCACUGUCACUCAAUAAUAAAUAAAGUGUAGUGACGAAAUUGUUUGGUUUCGUGCUUAAAUUAAGGUUUUCCUACUGUUAGUCCAUGGACUCUACUAUAAAGUGAUACAUAUAAAUCCUACAAUAGCCAUUAUUGGUAUUUGUGGGUAAUAAUAAGGUAAUCAACAAUGGGUGAACGCAAGGGUCAAAACCUUUACUACCCCCCCGACUACGACCCUAAGGUCGGGGGGUUGAACAAAUUCUUGGGCACCCAUGCACUGAGAGAGAGGGCAAGGAAACUCCACAUGGGGAUCCUUAUAAUCCGUUUUGAGAUGCCGUAUAACAUCUGGUGCGACGGCUGUAACAACCACAUCGGCAUGGGCGUGCGGUACAAUGCGGAGAAGACCAAGAUUGGCAUGUAUUACACUACCCCGGUGUAUCAGUUUAGAAUGAAGUGCCAUCUCUGUGAUAACCAUUUUGAAAUCAAAACAGAUCCUGGGAACUUGGACUAUGUGAUAGUAUCAGGCGCGAGGCGGCAGGAGAACAGAUGGGACCCCACAGAGAACGGCCAGGUUGUCCCGGAGACGAAGGAGACUCAGAAGAAGCUGUUUGAUGAUGCUAUGUUCCGCUUGGAACAUAAAACAGGCGAUGAAGAUACAGCCAAGCAGGACAAGCCUCGUCUCGGCCGGCUCGUCGGCAGAAACGAGUCUGUGUGGAAGGAUGACUAUGAAGCUAACUGCUCACUCCGGAGGAACUUUAGAAAACGUCGAAAAGAACUCGAAGAAUCCGCAGUGAACGACAGUCUACUCCUCGCCAGAUCAUCCCUGGACAUCAACCUUCUACCAGAAUCAGAAGAAGACCGUCACAUGGCGACCCUGCUCUCUCUCCGACCUUCCAAAAGCAUUGAAGAGAAGCAAACUUCAACUAGAAGUAAAAUACUUAACAGCCCUGCAUUACCAAGCUCAAGCGGGUUGAUAACUAGCUUCGGAGGGUUGAAAAAGGAGGAGUCAUUGAGUAAGAAUGCAGGACUGAGUAGAAAUGCGCUUGGGAUUAUGAUUAAGAGGAAAAAGGUUGAAGAUAGUGGGAAUUUAACUAAAGUUGAAAAUAGUGAAGAUGUUGAGAAAAGGGUUGAAAGUGAUGUCAAGAAGUCAGGUAAAGAUUAUGAAGAUAGUGAAGUGAUAUCGAAAGGGAUCAAUAUUGAUAAAGAUGAGACUAUAAAAGAUAAAGAGGAUAAAGUUGGUUUUGAAAAAGAAAUCGAUACCAAAAACUUGAUUAUAAAUAAGAAUAAUGAAGAGUUAAAUGAUUUUAGUAAUGAAAUAUUUAAAGAUAGGAAUGAAACUGAAGUUAAAAUUGGUAAUGAAGAUAUUAAAAGUAGUUUAGAAAAUGCCAAAGACGUGAAAGUAUCUUUGGUUGGUGAUUAUAGUUCGAGUGGCGAUGGGGAAUCAGAUUGAAACAAAAAUUUUGAUCCCACAAAGGAUAUAGUGUGCUACUAUACAAAUACGUCAGACAAAACCUUCAUCUGAUCCCCACUCAUAGCCAACUCAGGGGCAGCGUGACGCGCAGGCGUAACCAGCUGGUCGUGCCAGCGUGCCGCCUCGCAAAAACUAGAAAGUCUGUGCAUGUAAUGGGUAUCAGACUUUACAAUAUACUGCAUGAUGACAUAAAGCAAGCUUCUAGCGAUGCAAUAUUUGUCGGCAAACUAAAAUCCAUCCUACUCGAAAUGGCUUGCUAUACUUUGGAUGAGUUCCUUGAUACCUACGGGUCAUUGACUGGAUCGUGUACCUAAUACUAAUGUAAUAUGUGUGUCUGCAUUACUUAGAAUACCCAAUGUGAAAUGUGUAAUUUUUUUCUAAAUAAUCAUUGUAUGUAAAUAAUUGACGUGUAAAUGUGAAUAUUUUACCAAUAAACAUCUAUAUCUAUACUAUGAGUUUCAUAGUUUAUAAUGUAAAAUUAAGUACGCAUUUAUGUACAUAUUUCAUGGUAACUAUUACCCACACUGUCUAGGAUUGUAAAUACAAAAUAUUACAAAAAAUAAAA